CUGGACUGGGUUACGGUUACGGAUCAAGGGAAGUAAUGAUUAAAUCCCCCACCUCUCAGGCUUACUGGGAAGUAUAACAAGAACAGGGCUGAGCUCGACGAACAUUGUAUCUCACACUAGCGUUUGUGGUAAGGUCGUAGACAAGUCUUGCACACAACCAGAGCACAGUCAUGGGUGCUCAGGUGUCGAGGACGGAUUACGAGUGGUCAUACACAGAGGAGCCUCAUGCAACACGCCGGAAGGAAAUUUUAGCCAAGUAUCCCCAGGUGAAGAAGUUGAUGGGCCCUAAUCCAAACCUGAAGUACAUCGUGACAUUGAUGGUACUGGUGCAGAUUCUAGCAGCAUACUUCAUCCAAGAUGCAUCGUGGGUAACUGUAGUGUUAUUGGCCUACUGUUUCGGCGGGACCAUCAACCACUCACUGACACUUGCUGUCCAUGAAAUUUCCCACAAUUUGGCAUUCGGACAUUGCAGACCACUAGCAAACAGAAUACUAGGAUUUUGGGCUAAUCUUCCUAUCGGUGUGCCAAUGUCAAUCUCCUUCAAGAAGUACCAUCUAGAGCACCACAGGUAUCAGGGGGACGACAUGCGGGAUGUCGACAUCCCAUGCAAAUUGGAGGGACAGUUCUUCACCAACACCAUUACCAAGUUUAUAUGGGUUGUGUUACAGCCCUGGUUCUAUGCUCUCCGCCCUCUCUUCGUCUACCCAAAGCCAUUGACAGCUUUAGAGGUUAUUAAUGUUGUCAUACAGUUUUCUUUCAAUGCUGCAAUUGCGUAUUUCUUCGGAGUGAAAUCUCUGGUGUAUUUUGUGGCGGGAACCUUCAUGGCUACCGGCUUGCAUCCUCUGGCAGGCCACUUCAUCUCGGAGCAUUACAUGUUCAUCAAGGGAUACGAGACAUACUCCUACUACGGCUGCCUCAACUAUCUCACCUUCAAUGUUGGCUACCACAAUGAACACCAUGACUUCCCCAGCAUACCAGGAUGCAACCUGCCACAGGUUAAAAAGAUUGCCCCUGAAUAUUAUGACAAUCUGCCCUGUCAUACGUCAUGGGUGAAGGUCAUCUACGACUUCAUCACAGACCCUGAGAUCGGUCCCUACUCUAGAAUCAAACGGAAUCCAAAGUCAGACAAGCCAUCCACCAACGGGAAGUCUGUUGAAACAAAUUCUGAAUCGAACAACAAUGGGGACAUUAAACCCACUAAUGGCCAUGUUCAGAAUGGACUAGAACACAGAAGUGUUUCCAAAACAGUUCUUCAAAGUUCUUAAUAUUCCAUUCUUGUUAAAGAUGUUACUAGGUAAUAAUAAGAUGUUACCAUGGUAAUGUGUUAUAUUUCUAUAUCAUUUGUACUAAUGUUGUUUGAUAUUUACAUCAAGUAUGCUUCAGAUAUUUCUCCGGUUCAGCAAAAGAUUAUUAUGGCUACAUUAUCAUCCUGUUUGAACAAAGUUGAUUAAAAGUUAUAUUUUGAACUUUUUUACCAUCAAUGAAAACUCAAUAACCUCUUUUUAUCUCAGUAUCUCUAGUGGAUAUAAAGUUCUAUUGAAUUAGAGCAUAGUAUUUUCUUAUCCAAGUCAGAUUUGAAAUGAGGCUUUACAAUCAUUUGUGAUUGGGAGUCAAACUAUGAAGUUGAACAUGAGACAUGCUCCCGAUAUUCCGAUAUAUUUUUUCUUUCUUUGCAAUUUAACAUUGCUCCACGUUUUUCUCAUACAAUUUAUACUGACCACUAUUAACAGAAAGAUCUUAAUUAGCCACACUGGCUUGUACUGUCGUGAUUGUAAUUAGUGCCCAGUCCUUGAACUGCCUCCCUGCCUACAGUAUCAGCUGCUUGGACUUCCACAUGGUUGUGACAAAGAAAUAUGUUGGAACAAAUAUAAAUAGGUGUGAGAGACGAUUCUUGAAACUAAUUACCUGUGUAUGUGAACACUAGGGAUCCAGUUGCAAUGGAUACCUCCUCAGUGUUGAAACAGGACUAAGUGAACAGGCUGAAGUAAUUUGUAGAUGAGGUGAUGUGUUCUUGUGACUGAAAGCUGUUUAUUAUUGAAGCUUGAGUUUAACGAUCGUCUUUUAUAUCUUCAUUGAGUUAUGUAAGAGAAAGAACUGUAUGCUGUGCUAUGCUUUACUUAGUGGUGGGAUCGCUUCCUUGUUUCCUGUAUUGCAAUAUAUAAUACACUACUUACUGAAUUUUUUAAACUUGUUAAACUAAACAAGAAAAGAAUAUUGUGUGCAUUUAUUGAAUCAGACUUGUUUUUAGAAUUUGAUUGUUUAAAUUUUUUUAAAAUCAUCAUUCAGGGGUGUUUGACAAUCUAACAUGGCCUGUGGCCUAGUCAGCCAGGGUAGUGCUGCUACCCCUCGAUCUAAAACCAUCUGGGGAUCUGCCAACAUCUGUAUCACCAUCCAUCUCACUAAUACCUGUUUGUAGUUCUCAUUGUUGUACCGUACUUGGUUUCCAAGUUUCAGAUAACUUGGUUCUGUAAAGUAGGAAGACAGUAAUACAUGUAACAUUGAAAAGUCAAAUGGUAUCUUUACAUGAUUAUCACUGUAGAGUAAAGAAACAUAUUUUUGAAUGUAAAGUUUUGAAAUACUUUAGAUUUAUGAUUUGAAUAUACUACUUGAUAGUUCAGAAGGCAAUUAACAUAUUUCAUGCUAUGUUCCUACACAUGGUAUCACUGAGUUGAGUACAUGUACACCUGGAAAGAUGUGGUGGGUACAAGUCUCCUUGGUUAGAAUGUUUCCUCAGCAACUUAUUCUGGUCAUGACUUUAAGAAUUGGGCUCUUAGGCUCUGUGACUUGGCUGUUUGUGUUCAUCAUACCUCAACUGGUUAGGUCAUUGGAAAUAUAUUUCCAGACGGAAUAUUGCAAAGUACCUUACGAGAAGAACACAGACACGCACGCACCCCCCACGCACACACACACACACACACACACACACACACACACACACACACACACACACACACACACACACACUCUUAAGACCGUUCUUAACAAUGUCUUCUAAAAGUAUUGAUUUAAGAUAACGAAAGAUGUGCCAUUGAUGUAUGGUUGAUGGAUGCAUGUGUCCCAUAUAUUGUUUGCUAGGGCAUUUUUUUGUGCAGUGUGUUUUUUUCUUACAAUGAUAUGAUUGUCUCAACUUUCAGUGUGCAAGAAAAGCUAAUCUAGCCUUUCAACUGCUUUUGUGAGCCCUCUGAUUUUUCCUGAAUUUCUUCUAUGAAUCAUUUGGAUAACUUUGUUAUUUGUUAUAGCUGAAGUUUUGUAUGAUUUGUAUGGACUUGUAUGCCUUAAAGAAAGAUUGAAACUUUCCUAACAAUGUAGUGUAUAUUUUGUAUGUUGAUAUCUUCCUAUUUCUGCUCAUUGGAGAGACUUUUCUUGUCAUCCAAGCAUACUUUGUAUUGUCUUCCAUGUUGUUAGCUUUAGGAACCAGCCAUUUGACAUAUAUGCUACGAUUGGGGGAGUGGUUAAAGUAGGAGUUUGUAAUGCCAAAUACUAGUAUCUCAGUUCUAUUCCACAGGUAAGCAGAAUUAUUUUGUUGCAGCAUUACUCCCCCCACCCACCUUCUUCCUCAAACUACACACACACACACAAAACUCAAAAUAUCAAAUGGUUGGUGUCCUCUAUAAUAAGAUUAUACAUUUAUUAUUUCACCAAGGAUAUGCCAUCAGUUUCAGUGUUUCGAAGACAUUUUUUUCAUAUUUGUUUUAGUGUCAGGUCAUACUUUGAUGUGUUCAGUCAUUGAAUUAAUGUUUCUGUUACAUCGUUUGCUUUGAAUUGUUCAUUGCAUGUUGAAAAUUGACAACAAAACCAGAUACCUUUCACAUUGACAAAUGUGUUUUGGCUAAUUUUGAUAUUAGAAUUCUAUCUGAAACUGUCAAGGGUUGUUAUUUUUAUUUAUCAACAAUAUUCCCAAGAAUGUUUCACAUUGUCGUCAUUGUAAAGACAGGUGGAUAAUAAAAUAACAACUGGAA